GCUGUGGCGCGGCCGACCUUUGACCUGCCAGUGUUGUCCUCCUCGGCUUAUUCUGCUGCAGCGCUCCUGCCUCCUGCCUCCUGCCUUCUUCCUCCUGCCUUCUUCCACACUUCGCCCUGCCUGCCGUCCGCCACACGUGUGCUGCGCCUGCCUAGGGAAAGGGAGCGACUGUUGACACGUUAUAGGCCACAGUAGGCGUCGUCAGAGGCGGCGUAGAUUGGAAGAAAGAAACCAAAAAGAGGCACUCGCCCGUUGUAGCGCUAGCCUCGUUAGCAGCUAACCAGCUAGCCGCGUUAGCUAACUCCGGGCGCUCUGCAGGCUAGGCCAGUGCGGAGGAAAUGAAGGACAAACAAAAGAGAAAGAAGGAGCGGACCUGGGCUGAAGCGGCUCGAAUGGUGCUGGAGAACUUCUCCGACGCUCCUAUGACCCCGAAACAGAUACUUCAUGUCAUCCAGACCAAGGGGCUGAAGGAAAUGAGAAGUGGAACAGCACCUUUGGCUUGCCUGGUCACAAUGCUUCACUCCCAGGUGAGGGGAGACCGGGUCAAGAACAGCAUCUUCUUUAAGUUGCCUGGACGGAUGAGCCUUUUCACGCUCAAGAAGAAUGCCCUGCAGUGGACCAAGACUUCGGAGUCCGAAACGGCCACUGAGUUGGUGAGCAGCGCCGCUAACCCGACCUCCAGCAGCUCCGCUCUCACAGAGGCUGGCGCCACAGAGGCGACCGAGCAGGAGAUCUGCAACGUGACUGAGAGCCCUGCCACCGCCUCCAAUUUUGAGUUGCAGUCUUCCACCAGCCAACCUCAGACCCGACUCAGCAGGGCAGCGGGAUUGCAGGGACGCACCGACGCUCAACAGGUCCAACAUGUUCAGCACACCCAGACUAGACUGAGCCGCUCCAGACAGUCCGGGAGGCAGCGUAAGAAAGCAGUCAUGAUGCCACGCGUCGUCCUCACGCCUCUUAAAGUAAACGGAGAGCAUGUUCCUUCAGGACCGAUGAAGAGGAAUCGUGGCGGGGUGGAUGUGGACUUUGAAACACCGGGUUCCAUUCUUGUCAACACCAACAUCAGGGCUCUCAUUAACGUGAGAACCUUCUCGGCCUUCCCAGCACAGUCCCAGCAGCAGCUCUUACAGCUUCUGCCAGAGGUGGACCGCCAGAUUGGAACAGAUGGAAUGGCCAGACUGAGUAGUUCAGCCCUCAACAAUGAGUUCUUUACACACGCUUCCCAGAGCUGGAAAGAGAGGUUAGCGGAGGGAGAGUUCACGCAUGAGAUGCAGGUGCGAUUCCGGCAAGAAAUGGAGAAAGAAAAGAAAGUUGAAGUGUGGAAGGAAAAGUUUUUUGAGGAGUACCACGGACAAAAGUCUGGUUUGACAAGAGAAGAAUCCCUUCAGCUCACGAUGGGCGACGCUAGCGAAGUUGCAACGAGUGUCCUGGACAGCGACGUCUCUGUGGUGUCAGCCGGCGCCCCCAAGAGGCGCAGCGUGGGUCGGCGGAGGAGAGACGGUCGGAUGAGGAGGCGCACACGGGCCGAUCUACGCCGCAGGGCUCGACGCACCUUGUGCAAGACCACCUCUCCGGUGUUGCAGUCCACAGAAGCUGCUGAAGACAUUGAUUCUCUGGACACCACAACCGUUUCUAUCGGUUCUCCCAUGUCAGAAAGUACGGUUGUUCAAGACGAAGUUGUUCUGCAGGUGGAAUGUGACGAGGAGAUCCCACCAGAGGAGAUCUCUGUUGAGCCAAAGUCUCCCGCACCUGAGCCAAUCCUACUGCCGGCUCCCACUCCAACUCUUAUGCCCACUCUCACGCCCACUCCCACUCGAAGUCCAAAUCUCACUCCAACUCUCACUCCCACUCCCACUCCAACUCCAACUCCAACCCCAACUCCAACCCCAACCCCAACUCCCACUCCAACCCCAACUCCCACUCCAACCCCAACUCCAACCCCAACUCCCAGUCCCAGUCCAGCAUCUACAAGCGACGACAAAGAACCAAACAUCGCAGGCUGUCUGCUUCCAGAAGAAAUUGCACCAGUGUUAGCUUCCACCUCGUCCCCUUCGUCGUCCUCGUCAUCUUCUGAUUCGUCUCCUUCAUCCUCACCGUCCUCAGCUUCUGAUAGGCAGGGAGUUUUCACUACUGGUUUGGACUCUUCCUCAUCCUCUUCGGUUUCAUCCGCCGCUGCAGUUGCCACAGACCACCUGGAUGACACGGCGUCAGUGGUCACCUCCGUCACAGGCGAAACGGCCACCAGCAGCCGCGAGAGCAGCCCCUCAGACAGCCCGGCAGCCACCCCCGCACCCAGCAGCACCCAGCACAAGGAGCAGAAGAGAAGACCAGAAGAGGCACGGGCCUUCUCAAGCUUCCCCGAAAAGAGGCCGCGGCUGAACGAUCAGCAGUCCUUUCGUACCACAAUUGACAGGGUCCAUCCAGAGAAAUCGCAGCCGACAACAGAGGAGCCCAAGGUGCCGCCAAUCCGGAUUCAAUUGUCCAGAAUCAAACCUCCGUGGAUCAAAGGGCACCCCACCUACCAGAUCUGUCCCCGCAUCGUGCCCCCCGGAGAGGCCUCGCGGCGGUCGGGGACGGGGGGCGCGCGGACGCUUGCAGACAUCAAAGCCCGGGCGCAGCAAGCCCGUGCCCAACGCGAAGCCGCUGCUGCUGUUGCAGCCUCUUCCGAAGGGCCAGGGCCGACCAGGGUCCGGCUGCGGCCUUCUGCUGGGCUACCGAAUAGCAACAGUGGCCAGCGAGCCCAAGAGCAUCCGGGGCCGAUCGAGCCCGGAGGAAGGAGUGGCAGAAAGGGGGGCGGCGGCGGCGGUGCGCAGGAGCAAGGAACGUCUCCCGACACUCAUUCGUCUGGAACACAACUACAGCAUACCGAUGUAGAAGACAAAACGGUGCCUUCUCCGUCGCCGUCUGCUACCUCAAACUCUGUGUCCUCAGAGACCCCAAGUCCUCAAAAAUGGGAGGGAAGGGUAUCUGGGCCUGAAGAAGGGCUAGCUCCAACAUUAGCUAACGCCCAUGAUCCUUCUGACCGACUUGUGGGCCAAGUAGCUAAUCUUACCUCUCAAAAGACUGACUCAAAGUCUGAGGGUUUUCCGCUGAGUGAGCAAAACCAGGUGACUGAGUCAACUUCACCCCCUGAGAGGUUCGACCAGCGGAAUGAAAAACGCUCACUGGCCCCAACAUCCAUCCCUGAUUCUUUACCUAGGUUUGGAGCUCAGGGGAUGGUUGUUCAGAAGCUGGUCAGAUCCACCACAGCCUCAGCGCUUGAACACGAGAACGACAAAGUUGUCGCCAACAAAGUCUCCCAGGAGACGAACGCUGACUCUGUCCCAACGGCACAACAAGCAGACGUACCCUCACCUCGCACGGACUCUUCAGUCCGAGAUGACGAGGCUGCGACUCACAGUGACUCUACGGAAACGGCGUCCGAUUGUGAGAACGAAAGUCAAGUGGAUGAGUCACAGUAUCAGCUUGAUGGCGAUUGGUGCUCUCAGGUGAGAAGUCACAGACAAAUGCAGCAGGUAAUUUGUAGUCCUCCUCGGAACCAUCAGCCAAUCAUGCAGAGUCACACCGUUAUUCAGUCUCGCUUUCCCAACGGUUUGCCUCAUCGGAAUCAGACCCUGUCUCAAGAACACACGUCUUUUCAGACAACACCUCCCCGGGAGAACAAUGUCGUUAUCAAAGUCGAGCCUGCAGAGGAUUGCAGAAGCAGCAGACCGAGUUCUGCGGAGGAAGACUACAACGGACGUAGUCAACCCUGCGUCGCUCCUUCAGGUGCCUCAAAGAAGCUUUCUACUCCGACCAGACCAGUAUCAAGCGUGGAAGCCAACAACCCUUUGGUGACGCAGCUUUUACAGGGCAGCCUCGCCCUGGACAAAGUUCUACCGGCACACUCGGCAGAGAGGCUGGAAAUCAGCCGAUUACCGGGACCCCAGCGAAGACCUUGCAUCAGGCCUGAGGUCUCGUCGCAGUUGCUGAGCACGGAAGGAAUUCAAGUCAAGUCUCAGAAAGGCUACCCCGUGUCCUGCCUGAUGGAGACCCCAACAACAUCGCAGUAUCAGUCUCAGGAGACUACUGGAGCCGUCCCGGUCAUCACGUCCAGCAUGACCAACCUGAACUCUCACACGUCAGAGACGGCAGCCGUCAAAGCGUCGCCUCUUCAUCAGCCCCCGCGGGGGGUCAUCCCAGACAGGAACCAGACCGCUCACAGGACCGUACUCAACGGCCCGACACCUCCUCACGCAGACCCAUGUCCCACUGAAGUGGUGCCGAGUCUGAAGAUCACCUGGCGAUCUCCACAGACUCACAUGUCCAACCAUCAAGAACCUUCCGCUUCCAUCGUGAAGACGGAAGUUGGUGCAAAGGCCGUUUGUCAGGCGUUCACUAACUCCUACCCAGCUGUACCCAAGGUUGUUACCAAGAAAGAACCCGUGAGUCCUAUGGACGGAUACUCAAGUGGGGGGGCAAUGGAGGGACUCCUCAACAUGGAGAUGAACUUGGCCCGCAUGGCCAAAAAUGAGCUCAGCAAAGCUCCGUACUCGAGUUACCACUCUUCCACCCUGCCCUUCCAGAUCUACGGGAAGAUUUCCAAGCAAGGCGGGGGCAUGGGCGGCGUCAGCUACACGGCCAACGUGUCGGUGAUGGACAAUAGCGGUUUUUCCCGUAACAUGACGGACGGCGUUCUCCAGCUGCGACCCCGUUUGGCCUCCAGCCAGGCCACGCUCAGCAUCCAGACCUUCAGCGACGGUACGGCCGAAGAGGUGUCGCUCAAGUGCUCAUGUCGCCUCAAAGCCAUGAUCAUGUGCCAAGGCUGCGGUGCCUUCUGCCAUGACGACUGCAUCGGACCCUCCAAACUCUGCGUGUCGUGUCUGGUGGUCAGAUAGUGUGCUGAGUGGACUUGUAUUAUACAACCGGCUUGUUUGGUUUUCUUGCACAUUUUUUUAGCUGUUAUUAUAUAUUAUUGAGUAUUAUUAUUUGGAGGCAUGCUAACAAUGUUUGGUUUUUGACGCCUCACAAACAUUUACCUCAUCUUGUCCCACCAGUCAUUCAUUGGUGGCAAUCAUUGUUUUGUUUCAUGGUUUCUCUGUGCAAAGAAAUAUUUUUUUAACCAUUAAAGGAGUAAAGAACAUUAAUUUA